CCCUCUCUUCGAUCGCUCUCCUAGCUCCACCGACUGGUGCGGCAAGCCACCACCGACCGGCGCGCGAUCAAGAGCAGCAUCACCUUCCUCGACACCUCCGAUUGCUACAGUUCAGACACCAAUGAAGUACUCCUCCGUAAGGUGCUCUCUCUCUCUCUCUCUCUCUCUGUACCUUCCAUCUUCUGAUCUACUGGGUGGCAGCUCUUAUUUUUCCGACUGCCUCAUCUACCACCAUGUAUUCAAGUAAGCCAAAAUAUUCCCAAACCGGAAAGAGCAAAUCCACCCACGCAUUAUUUUCGAGUUCAAUUGAUCUAAGAGUAAUGGGUUUUCAAAAGGAACGAAGGGUUGACAAAAGUGUCGGCGGUCAACAUCAGAACUUCAGGUUGGCAUUCCGCCAGCAAAAGGGGAAGCGACUUUUUAACACACGUCUCCCCCAUCCUCCACCCACACCACCGCUCACCUUGCCCCUGAUCAAAGACAAAGAACCUCCCCUUGUAGCAGUAGGCCCGUCCACCGAUGACCACCGACAUCAUCCCAUCACCACCAUGGAGUGAUUCGGCCCCUCUUAUUUUCUAUCCUCCAUCUCCUCUAGUGAAAUCACGGCAACGAUAACAACCAGGGAUGUGGAGAUAUGGAAGGUUUCGAAUGGGGAAGGCAUGUAUAGGUAUAUUGGCUAUGAGGCUGCCCUUUUUGAUGGCACUUAAAAAAUGCUUUUUGAAAAACUGGUGAUUCUACAUUCCAAUAAUUGCAUAUUGUGGUUCAACGUGAAAUUGAGUACUUGCAAUGCUCCAAGGGUAAUCAAGAAGUUGUUGGCUUUGGUGGUGUGCUUAUGGAUGACAAAGGAGCAUGGAAUUCAGGAGUGCAUCCUCGGACAAGGAGAGACUCAAGUAGAAAUGGAGAUGGAUUUGCUGCAAGUAGUGAAUCUAACCAAAGAAAAUCCAGUUCCUCAUUGCCCUCAUAGGAAUCUGAUUGAGAAUUGUCAGAUUUGUCGUAAGAGCUCUAUGAAUCACACUCCACAAUAGGGGAACA